AUGGUGGACGUCGAAACUCAGAGCCAGGAUGCUACCUUGCCGCAAGACGAUGUCGUGGUAACACCAUUACCGGAGGAGCCUGAGUCGCUGGAGACGCAUGCCGAGGCAAAUGAAGAACAUGAGGCGAGUGACUCGGCUGGGUCUACUUCUGACCAACAGUCUGCAGACGGUCUGGCCGAAGGGCACGAUGCAGAGGCAAACGAGUCUGAGUCCUCGCCUGCCCCAGCUGGGCCUACGUCCGAUCCAGAGUCAAUGCCAGCAGUAAAUAACGAGGAAGCUCCCGCCUCAGCUGCACCUAAGGCAAGACACGCAGCAAAACCUUCCAUCUCGGUCAAACCUGCUCCUACGAAGACUGCAGGUGCACCUCCAACGCCACUUGUCAAGAAGGUCCUUAACUCAGGCACGUUUGGCUCGGGCACGGUCAAGCAUGCACCCCCUGCCAUCUCGAGAGCUGCGAGCACAGCUUCCACCACGUCGGCCAAACCUACCACUGCAGCGUCUUCUCUCAAGAAAUCCACGUCUGGUCCUGCUACUCACGCUCCCAAACCAACCAUGCCUCCCAGACAGAGUUCAACAGCCCCUGCCCCUACAACCACCGCUACGCGACGGCAAUCUAUGGCUCCAAAAGCACCUACUCCGGUUACGUCCAAGGCGCCUGCACCUAGCAGUGGGCGAGCAUCGCUUGCCCCGUCGAGUACAAAGCCUACAGUAACAGCAUCUGCGACGACCCGGGCGACCCCGGAUUCCGCUUCCUCGGCUUCUCGACCGCGUGCGGCAGUAAGCGGGGAGGUUAAGAGGUCGGGACCAGUCGCCCCUCGCGUCAGUCUUGCAUCAUCUACAAAUCGACCCCCGAGUACAGCAUCUACAAGACCAACUAGGACACCUGGAUCCGGGUCAAUAUCCUCCAUCAAGGAAGUCAAAAGUGACACCAAAGCGGUAGAAGAGUUGCAGAGCAAACUCGACGAGGCAACAUCCUCGCUUGCUUCGAAAUCGGAGGCUGUGGCUAAUCUCGAAAGCCAAGUUAGCAAUUUGAAGUCUUCAUUAGAAACGACUUUAGCCGAACUAGAGACCAAGCAAGCAGCCGUUGAGGCCCUUGAGGAGGCUAAGGUUCAAGCGGAAAAAGAACUUGCGGAUGCGCAGAGCAUUCUUAGUCAACUGCAGGGUGAACCCUCACAGAAUGAUUCCACUUUGGAUGCUGUUCGAGAAGAGCUCGAGUCUGCGAAAGCGGCAUCCGCCACUAAAUCUGAGCUUAUCACCAGUUUGCAAUCCCAGAUCGACGUUCUGGAGGCCGAGGUUCAGACGGCCAAGGAGAAUUUAGAAGUCCUUCUGUCCUCCUCUGAAACAUCUCAAGCUGCCGCUGCCGCUGCUGAGCGAGAGCAUGCCAAUCUCCUUCAAGCGAAGGCAGAUAUAGAAGCGAUCCGCGAAGAGGCCGAAAGCCUCAAGACUACUCAUACUGUGGCCCUUGCAGAUGCCGAGGCGAGGGUUGCAGGAUUACAAGAGGAAGUUGCUAAGAUCACGACGUUGGAGUCGCUGCUUACCGAACUCAAAGCCGAGAAUGAAGACAAAUCGACUAAGGUGUCGGAGCUUGAGAUUGAAGUCUUGGAGUUGAAAGAAGAGCAGGAGAAGUCGGAAGAUGCACACAACGACGCGCUCGCACGUAUUCAACUGCUUGAGGGAGAUCUGAUCAAGGCCGAAGAGGCCAAGCAGCGUGCUCUUGAUGAAGCUAAGGCUAGUGAAGAGCUCAAGCUCAAGCACGCUGACGAGAGUUCCAGGGUACUCGUCGAGGAGCUGGACGUCGCUCGUACCGAAUAUGAGAAACUCUCUAUAAAGUUUAGGGAUUUGCAGGAAGAUCUUGCCAAGGCCGUGGAUGAUCAAGAGCAAGCUCGCGUGGAAAUCGGUGCAUUGAGUGAAGCUCAUAGCAAACAAGUCCUGGAUCUUGAGAAUGCUUCGCGCGAUCAAGUGGCUAAGCUCUCCGAGGAAAUGAAGCGGAUUGCAACAGAACUUGAGAGCCAAGAAGAGAAGUACAACGCCAAAGUGGAUGCUGUGAAAGCAGAGCAUGAGCAAUUGCUCCAGAAGGCAUUCGAUCGCGCGAAGAAUGAGGCCGAUUCAAUCCACAGCCAAGAUCUGCAGGCACUGCGAGCUGAAUCGCAGGUAACUACCGAACAGCUCAAGGCUGCCCAUCAAUCAACCAUCGAGGGAUUGAAGGCUGAGCACCAAGCGGCCCUUGAGAGCCAAGUAAAGACACUCGAGAAGCAGAUAGCGAAGCAGAGCUUAGAGCUCAAGGCUACGCAGGAAGACCUCGCAAAGGCGAAGGUGUCGCUAGUUUCAGCCUCACAGGAGGUACAGCUAUUGAACACACAACUCGACGAGGCUCGCCAGAUCGCUGCGGCAGUUGACAAAUCAGACAGGGAUGAGGUCAUUGCGCGUCUGUCGAAAGAACUCUCUAAUGUUCGCGACGACCAUGCCUCUCUCAACGACAUGUUCAUUGCUACCAAGGAGUCACUUACUGAGGUGUCUAGAAAUCAUAUGAAGGAGCUGGAAGAAGCCGCUAGAGGGCGCGCAGAAGAAGCCACCAAGCUUCGUGCCGCGCAUGAGGAGGAAAUGACAGCGUUGAAGACAGAAAAGUCCGAGCUGCAGACCAAGUUGUCAGACCUUCAAGGUGAACUUGCGACGCUUAAAGCGAACAUGGCAGCAGAACCAGUAACGUCCCCGCGGGCUAAUGGCGCUGCGCAUGCACGAUCGUCGAGUGUCACGCGGGAAGAGCUGCAGCGUCUUCACGAGGCCCAUAAUCUUAAGGUCCAUGAUUUGCAGGCUGAGCACGAACGAUCCACGCGGCUGAUCAGGGAAGAACUUGACAUUGCCUUAACAAAGGCCGACGAGCUGCAGCAAGAGGUCGCCAGGAAAGCCAUGGAAAUUCAAUAUCUUGAACAGGACCAGGAGGAGGGCCAGGAUCAGAUAACACGGUAUGUCAAAGUCUUCGGAUUGAAGAGCUUUCUCGGAGCGAUGUGCACGCUGGCCGUGAUCUACGGACUAUUCUAA